AGGAAACAUCGAGUACAGGUGAAAAGUAAAGAUGACUGUGGCAUAGUGGGAAGGUUGGUCAGUCUGGCCGGUUGAGGUGUGGAGGGGACACCAAAAACCAAGCCAGGAUUCUGACAAGCAAAUUCCCCGGUACCCUUGCUGCUUCUCCUCCUCCUCUUAAAGGCUACAACCAUGGUGACUCUUAUCACAGAGCAGCUCCGUAAGCAGAGUUUGGAGGAGCCAUAUCGCAAGGCUUUCUCGUUCAAUGUAAGUAUGUCGCUGCCUGCAGUUGGUUCUAGCCCUACAGUUUCUUGGAGUACUUACGGAUCAACACAAGAGAGCAGUUGGGCUGCUUACCCAUUGUCCAAAGCCCAUCUCCUGGAUGCUCCCUCUGGUCAUGUGUCCUGUGUCCCAGUUGAAGAACCUCUCCACCAUCCACAAGGUCCCAGCACCUCAGUCACAGACCUGACCUUCCAGAGUUCCCCUCCCCCGCCCCCCCCUCCAAAACGCCACUGCCGUUCUCUGUCUGUUCCAGAGGACCUGUCUCGCUGCCGCUCUACCUGGCGACCCAGCGCGUCCAAGGUUUGGACACCUGUCAAACGCCGCUGCCAAAGUGGAGGAGUGGCCAGUAUAGGAUCUGCACCUAGCUCUUUGCCACUCCGUGGCCCGAGUGCCUCCCUCACGUCUUCUUCCCUCCAUUCUUCCUCCAGUCCUACCUUCUUUAGCUUGGCGCUGUCCUCUGACUCCCCAUUACCCUGGAGCUUCCCUUGGGACCCCUCUGACACAUUAAGGGGCGCUUGCUCCAACUUCCUCCCUGCCCCUUCCUCCUGUUCCUCCUCCCCUGCCCCACUGGCAACCUCUCAUUCACUGCUUCAGCGUCGUUUUUCCCUCUCCCCUGUGCAUAUUCGGGAGGCCUCUGUGCCACUCUUGCCUGCUCAACCCUCCCGUGCUUCUGCUUUGACCACUGGCUGUUCUGCCAUGGACCCCCCAGCACCCUCCCCAUCUCCCACCUCAGCCUGCAGCACCCCAUCCUCCUCCAGGCGCGUCCUGCGUCCUUGCCUUCCAAGAUGCCACUCUCAGCCUUGUGACAUGCGUAAGCCUCGCUUGAAGAGGCGCCAUGACCCAGACAUUCAACCCUGCCCAAGACCAGGCCUCGACUUUGGCAAGAUGACUCAGCUUGGUAGUGGUGAAUCCCUUGGCUGCAGAGCAGGUAGCUGCAUGAUUUUGGAGCCUUCCAAGGGGGACCGACGUUCUGCCUUCUCCCCUGCUGAGUUCAUGGGACGGAACAGCAUUGGCCCACUAAGUGAAAGUGAGGAGGAGGAAGAGGAUAAAAGACCAGGGAAUGUAUUGGCUGGAGUACAAAAAAUUGUUUUUGAGAGAGACUGCACAGAGCUAGACUUGAAUCUUAUAGAGGAGAACUGACAGCGCCUUGGUGCUUCCUAUGUGACCGACUGCAUUCAUCACCAUGCUAACCACACAUCAUAUAGGCUACACACGCUCUUCUCGGGUCCUGCUGCCCUAAUAAGGCACAUGUUGGGACCCUUUAAUAAUUGAAGAAUCAACAAAUAAGCUGCCAGUAUAAAAAUACAAUAUUAUUGUAAUGCUUGAGCAAACACAAUGGUCAGCAUUUCACAAAAGAUGGUGCCUGCCUCUUCAGGAUUCUGUUGGCUUAUAAAUGAGUUUAUAUGCACACAGUACUCUGGCUGAUGAUUUGAUAUCAUAAUUUUAAAGGCUUGUUCAGGAUAAUCUUUUAUAGAUGUUGGUAUCCUGAUCACAAAAACCCUUAAUACACAUUUUAACAGAGAAAAAUUAUUGCAAAUAUCAUAGAAAGAACUUGUAUGGAGGGGAAAAAAUGUUAGUAAAUGAGAAACGUGACUCCAUGUACGGUAUGUCUCCAAUCUCCAGCAAUUGUAUUUGUUUUUUCUCAAUCUAGAUUUUGCAUUGUCAGGGAUCUCAAAAGAAUAGUUGAAAUAAUAGUUUUUUGUUUUUUUUUACAAUUUGGGUCUUAUUUGUGGAGUUUUUGUCAUUAUGCAUAUUGGUUAUGAUUAUCCUAUUGCUCAACAGGUUCAUGGUGGAGAUUUUGGACAUGGGAGCACUGCUAGUCAGUUUUAAAACCAUCUUUUGGGGCCACAGAACAUGAGUGUCAGACAUCUUUCAAUAAGUCCAAUUUAACCCAGUUACCUUGAUAAUGAAUAAAUAUUUAACCAUUGCAGCAGGUUUACUAGGAUUUGGAUUUUAUACAGUAGUUUGUGAUGGUGAGCCACAGACAUCCGUAGACGUCGCUUAGGUCUUCUGACCAGGGCUUACUGGUUGUCCCUUGCCCUCGACUGAAAACAAAAGGUGAUCAUGCCUUUGAAGUUGUGGCUCCGACACGGUGGAACGUUCUUAUAGACCUACAAUCUGUGGUCUCUGUUGAUGCCUUUAAAAAGCAGCUGAAGACUCAUUUAUUCAAACUAGCCUUUUUCACCUCAUGCUGUCUAGUGUUUGUAAUUUUGUGUGUUUUCAAGUUCUUUUGUUGCUUAUGUUUUGUUUCUUCUUUUUUUUUUUUUACUGUUUUUAUGGUCUUUAUUUUUAACAGUUUUACUCUCGUGAAGCACUUUGUGACCUUGCUUUGUGAAAGGUGCUAUAUUAAAUAAACUUUACAUUAUAGACAAAACUUCGUGCACAUGGAUAACUGCAGUAAGUAAGCUGGUCAUUCUGUAAAUUCAACCAGGAAGUUGGGCAUUUUGAGUGAUUACUUUUACUGUUUCUCACUUGCAAAUGCAUGGUUUAGAUAAUUGGGUUAGAUUGGACUUGUUAAAACGUCUUGACAUUCAUAUU